AUGGGGGUUAGCUAUGGGUGGCAAAUCCAAAAGGCAACGACUAGUCGAGGAAGGGCGCGCGAGGGUCUCGGGUCUGUUGGAGAUCUCGUCCGCCGCCUAGAAGAAGGAUUCCGGGCCGGGCUCAAGAAAUUCCUACAAGAAAAAGUCGAGGAUGAAACUGAGUCACGUGGUUUUCACUUGAACAGCCUUGGAGAAGAAAAUGGGACCCACAUCAAGAACAGAUCCCUUCCACUCUCGACCCUCAUCGACAUACUCAAGCAGAAGACGGGCAAGGACGACAUUGAUGUUGGCAAGCUCCGCCCGACACUCUUUGACAUCUUUGGAGAUGACUCGAGCCCCAAGGUGAAGAAAUUUAUGAAAUGUAAUAUUUGGCAAAUUGAAAGGAGAGAGCGGAGAAGAUGGCGGGUUUUUGGGAAUGGUGGGGGUUUGGCCCAACAGUUUCUCAAGCAGAAGCUCCAAGAAAACAAUGACUAUGCAAAGCCUGCUUUGGAGACUCAUGUGGGGAGGAAAGAGGAAGUUUAUGCAGGGGCCACUAAAAGGGCCCUUCCGGACAGUGACAUUCUAAUGAGCGGCUGCCAGACGGAUCAGACAUCGGCAGAUGCUACCCCAUCUGGGGACCCGAGUCGAGCAUAUGGGGCUCUGAGCGAUGCACUACAGACCAUAAUUGCCGAGUCGGAUGGGACAAUUAGUAACCAAGACCUUGUGCUCAAGCUAGGCAGCUUUUGA